UUUCGGUAAAAUUUGAUGACUCUUUAUUUCUUUUAUAACUGACCUAUGAAACAUUUUAUGAAAUUUGUUAGUUGUUGCUUUAAUUUAUGUUAUCAUUUUAUAGAGUAAAAACUAUUGCUAAGCGAUUGCUAGCCACUGGAAUCUAUUUCCAGACUUCAUAAACCCAAGGCAAUAAACCCCGUGAUAAGAAAGUAGUCACAUAUCGGAUCCAACUUUGAUCGGCGGUUAGCUAAUGGCCGUUUCGAGGGCAGUGGGUGGUGGCGGUGUCGAUCGGCUCGAGUGGUGGAGUAGUUUUCUGGCAGUGCAUAGGUAUUAUGCCAGUACAUGGAUGGGCCUGCCAGUGGACAUGUGUCUGGGAUUCGAUGAUAACCCACGAAUGACACCGAGCUGCAUCCCGUAGGUUUAAAGUAUAGCUCCUAUUUAAAACGCGCUUUAGUCACAGUUCGGAUUUUGCCAGCAGCAGCAGCACGGCGGCAGAUAGACGAAGAUUAUACGGUGAAGAUUAUACGGCUGAGAUUAAUACGGACUACGCGUCACCGCGACAGUGUGUGAGCGAGCGAGAGAGUGAUUAGUGAAGUGUGAGAAGGAGAGAGAGAGAGAGAAAGAUGUCCCAGACCCUGGACGAUCUCUUGCUGCGCCAGGAGCAUGCCCGGCAGCUUCGCCAGGCCACACGCUCCAAAUUCCGGAGGAUUAAUUCCCUGGACCUGAUUCCCGAGCACCCCAGCCAGUCGGAAGAGGAGGAGGAUAAGGAUCAGCAGACUCCACAUCGUCACUUUGUGACUCUGCGCCGUCAAAGGACAGCUGAUGGUAGCCUUUUGAGGAGCCAGUUCCAGGCCCGAGCUCCGUCACAGCCCAAUCUGGGCACCCGGAUGCUGCUCUUUGGUCCCCAGUUGCUAAUGCGACUCCUGCUGACCAUCCUCAGAUACGUCCUGUACAUUCCGCUCUCGAUUGCGGCUCCCAGUUUUUGGCUUUCCGCCUUGCUGUGGAUAUUCUGGAAGCUCCUGAGGGUGCCCAUUGCCCUGGUGAAGUGGCUCUUGAGCGGUGAGGAGGAACUCGGUGCCGUCCAGAGGCAGAAGACCAUUUUGCUGAGCUGUGGCAGUACCAUUCAGACCCUCCAUCUGGCCAGGAACUUCUACGGCUCCGGUGCCCGAGUGGUAGUCUUCGAGUUCGAGGGUCUCUUCGGUCUGGCCCGCUUCUCCACGGCCGUGGAUAAGUUCUACGUGGUGCCUCGACCCACGGCCAAUAACCCGGAUCAAUAUAUAGCAGCUCUGUGCCACAUCGUUAAGAAGGAGCGACCGGCAGUGUAUAUACCCGUGUGCGCCACCAGUCCGGCGUACUAUGAUGCACUGGCCAAGCCACACCUGGAGGUGUUGGGAUGCGCCAGCUUUAUUCCGAGCGUGCAGGAAACCCUGCAACUGGACGAUUGUCUGCAGCUCUUCCAGAGAUGCGAGCAGCAACAGAUGGCUCUGCCGGCCCAUGUGGUCCUCACUGCGCCGAGACAGAUCCAGCAGAUAUACGAGAGCGGGUUUGUGGGCAACUACCGGAACAUCUUGAUGGCUGCCGGAAUGCAGGGUGUCCUGGAACGGCACAAGUACAUUCUCCCAAACAGGAGGACAGAGUUAAAACUCAACCAGCACGAGAUCAGCGAGCAACAGCCCUGGCUGGUGGUGAGGGAUCAGCCGGGCUAUCACCACUACGUCACCUGCACCACCGUCAAGGACUCGCGGGUGGUAGCCAAUGUGAGCUGCCGAGUGGAGCAUCAUACCAAGAACCUCAUCCCGGUACCCCGGGACGACGAGGCCCAGAUCGAACUCUGGCUGCGCUCCUUUUUCGCGAAGGUGCGAUUCCAGAGGCCCAUUAACGGACACAUCAGCUUCCGGCUGGUCAAGAGCCCCGCCCACGGUGGACAGUUCGUGCCCCUGGGCACGCGAUUGGGCGUGGCCCUGCCCUACAUAUGCCACAAUCGGUCGCAUGCCCAGCUCCUGUGUCAGGCUAUGAAGUGCAUCCACAGGAGGGGCCUGCCGGAGGACGAGCUGCCCAACUGGAGUUGGUCGGCGCUGGAGCGCACCUCGACGACGGCCCUGGACAAGCGGGAGGCGCUGUUCGCCUACUGGGACCCGCUGCCGUACUGCGCCUACUAUCACUUCCAGCUGCCGCUCGAGAACGUGAAGCUCUUUUUGCAGCGCCGGAAUCGCGCCACAACCAAAAGUUUAUCGCCCCGCAUCACGGUGCCGGUUCAUUGAACGCCCGGACGGAGGAUCAGGGGGAGUCACUGCAGCUAGGCGGGGGCUAAAGGGAGAAGGAGCUGCCAGAGCAGGAGGAUGAGGGUGAGAAGGAGGUGGAGCAGCCAGCGAGAGAGAUUAAACAGACUGAUCAAUAAUGGAAAAUAUAUAUAUGUAUACAUCUUGCAUUCUAUACUAUUCUCUUUUUUUUUUUUUGUUUACGCCGAUGGGGUUCAACAUCCACGGAGAUUAGACACUUUCAAAUAAAAAACAUACACUCACACACACGCGCAUAUACACAUAUAGACAUAUAGAAGUUAUACUAUACUGUACAAUAAAUAAUAUUUAUAUUUUAACAGCCCA